AACAACCCAUCAACGAAAAACCACGACACAACACCACGCCGUCCAUCCUGCACGUCGCCAAUGACUAAGUCAUGCCAAUUGCCACCCAGUAAUUGCAUUGUAUACUAGUCGCGACCAUGGCCGUGCGAUACCAGGCUCAAUGCCGUCGGGCCGUCCCUCGCGUAGCAUCGACUCCCAGCCCAGCCAUCUGGGUGACAGACAACAUGCUUCGACAAGCCAUUGCACGAUUCCAGCGACGUACGAGCCCCCAGAGACGCCGACUCAGCUCGCACACGGGUCCUAUCGAGAGCCGCCGCAAGCUGGGCAAGCGCCACAUGACGGGCAUGAUGCCAACCACUGCAUACAACCAAAAAUGGCACUUUGAAGUGAUUCCCACCAUGACCGGAUGGCAGUGGCAGGCACCGACAACGCGUGAACAGCGAAGAAACCGAAAGAAAGACGUCACUGUAUCCGCCAUCUUCAACGACUUCAUUGGGUGGUUGGAAAAGUCGGAUGCCGAUAAGCCGUUCCUCACACCACCUCCCGACGCAUCAUCUCUCAGCAUGCCCACUGAGGCUUCAGAUCUUUAUGCUCCAUUCUAUGUCCCGCCAGAAAUUGCGCAGCUCCGAGAUGCUAUUAUGCAAACUGCCACAGUCGAUGUAGCGACACUAGGCGACAUUGCGCGAACCUGUCAGAGCGCUCUCAAAUCGCGCGUUCUGCAUGGCAAAUUCUCAGCAGAAGAAAUGCUCAGCUUCAUGGCGCCCUUGGACGCAGCGACACAAGAGAAACUUGGCGACCGCCGUCUCAUCAACCUCAUCACCAGCCAAGCACAGCACGGCGUCAUUAGCGCCAUGUCCAGAGCAACCAAAACUAGCCCAGAGAUUGUCCCAGACAGCUUGUGGUCUGCACUGGCAUCCUUUAUUUGCUGGAAGAACAGCACGAGCCAGGAUAUCAAAGUGUUCACCAAGCUCAUGAAGCGAAUUCCGGAGCACAUCAAGGCCAGCAUCCCCCCGACGCAGAUUUUCAACUUCUUCCAAGGUCGCAUUGCAGCACUCGCUGCGUCUGUCAACGGCUCGGGACGAUGGCUCUCGCAAGCGGAAACCGCAUCGAUUGCUUUACAAAGCCUCACCGACGCUCAAAAGCAAACGCUCAAUGCACAGCUCGCAGCCUGGCUUACAGUCACCCAGCCAGCAGCAGACAGCAACAGCAGCUUCCAAUUCGCAUGGCUCCUACUGCAAGCCUACGACCCGAACAUGUCGCAAGCGUCUUUCCUACAGACAUAUCGUGUGAUCUCUACAGACCUCAAUGAUACGCAAAGAUACCAACUCUUACUCUCUCGCCUUCCAACCCUAAACAUCCUCUCUCAAGAGCAACACGCUGUGCUCGUCACCACAAAAUACGCAUCCAUGAGCCACCGCUGGUCCGCCCUCAUCCAAGCCACGCCAUCCAUCUCCAUCCCGCACCUCCACGAGCUUAUCACCGAACUCCACCUUCAACCUGCCGUUAUUGAUCAUCUUGUCUCCUCGCCCACCGCUCGCCUCCAGAUGCAAGCUAUCCGCGCCAUUGCCGCCCACUGCAACGACCACACCUUCGCCAUUGCCCUUCGAGACGCCCUUUUCGCCAAGCACCAUGACAUCGCGCGCCGCUGGCAAUGGCAAACGUGGUCCAGCCACAUGGACGCCAUGAUUGCCGACGCGUCCUCUGAAAAGCGCAUUUGGCAGCUCCUCAACAUUACGCAGACAUCCCACUCUACUGCUUCCGAGACGCAGCAAAAGCUGGAGCUGAUUGAUCGCAUGGCUGCUACCUACGCCUCCACUACGAAAUUCAGCAACCGCCAACUACUGCGCCGUCUGGAAUCAUGCGCCCGCGCCCAACGCAUACUCAGCGGCCGUGUCUCUGACACCGUGAUUAUCGAGAUCAUGAACGUUGUCAUCAAGGAUCUUGAACAGGGUGGCCGCGGUCGCUCUACGCGCAUGGAAUGGCUUGUCAGCCUGGUGGAAGAAAAUCAGGGCAAGGAACGGGCACAAGAAGUGGCAGCUAAACUACAAGGAUGGCGAUGGGUCAUUGACCAAGAGACCACUACAAGGUAACGAAGCUUAAAUGCACCGCUACCUCUAUACAUAGAACCGUAUAUACAUCAAUUCUAUACAGAACAUAUUAAUUACAAACAGCCACUUGGUGCUGACUUUACACAUC